UUAAUUAUCUAUGGAAUAACUGGUUAAGCACCUCCAGACAAUUGUUUGUAUCUGCAUGGACCAAUCAAACCCUGACAUUCAUGCAAAGUACAACAAACAGAGCUGAAGGCGCACAUGCUGCAUUAAAGAAACAGCUUACUACACCGAGAUGCAGUCUGGAAUCGCUGGUGAAAAAGGUGGACACCUUGGUACUAAAGCAAUAUGCGCAAAUAAAGAAAUCCUUGGAAGAAAGCCGUACCAAGCGAAUGAACAGCCACCUUCAGAUUCCUAUGUUUUCCAACCUACUUCCUAAAGUUUCCAUCCAUGCUCUUAACCUAUUGGAAAACGAGCUAACAUGGAGAAUAGACACGUUGCGGUCAUUCGGAUCAACAUGUGGCUGCCAGCUGUACUCGGGUGCCGGGUUGUUAUGUGCAUGUCGCCUGGAGAGAUUGCAGAAUACAGACUGCGUCAUUCAGCUCGAAGAUAUAGACAUUUUCUGGAGAAAACGUGACCUGAACACAUCAAAUAUUGAUGAGGAAGAUGUUGAUGUAGACAAACAAUUAGAAUAUGUGAAACAAAAAUUGUCUACCCAACCCCCGCAAGUGAGGAAAAGCGUCUUAUCGAAGAUCAUGGCGGUGGUAAACCCAUAUAUGAGCGACAAAAAACCGCCUGUCGUACAAGAAAACACUCGCGGGCGGCCAACUUCCAAGGUCCAACAACAAAGAAAAGAGCAAGCUGCUAGAGAUAGCUCAGUUGGGCCUCCCAGACAAUAAAGUAGGUGUGACCCUCCUCGACAUAGCUCUUAUGUACCAUCACAAGAUUCCCUAAUACCGUCUACGUCUGCAAUGUCUCUAAAGUCUCAAAGGUCGUUAAAUCGACGCGGUCGUUCAACAUCUUCACGUGAAGAAGAGCCUGGCAAGGGCAAUGCCUUUCCGUUAGUCACUGAUGAGGGAAUGCUUGAAUUUGCGCACAUAUACAAAAAACAAAUUCCAAAAGUGUUCCACCGCUACAUUUCAAGAAUAAAAGAUAUCAGGCCGGAUGGACAUUGUGGGUUUCGGGCGGCGGCUGUGGGUUUAGGGUUUGAACAAGAUUACUUUGGGUAUAUUCGAAACCAACUACUUGAAGAGCUGACGGGUUCGAACAAAGAAAUGUAGGAGUACAUCUUCGAUAUUGAAGUACCAGGGGACUACGACGAACAAGUACAGAGAAUAAAUUUUACCGGGGUUGGAAUGGCACCCAGGGAACAUUGGAUGGAGAUGCCUCAGGCAGCACUCCUUCUUGCCAACAGGUUUGAUGUGAUUGUUCACAUAUUAGACAUCCAAGGUUGUUCUACUGUAUUUCCCUUAUAUGAUCCAAAGUACGCACGUGACCCCCAUCAGUUCGUUUCACUGUUAUUUGUUAAUCGUGGUCAUUUCAUCCACGUCAGACUUGAAGGGGACUAUCCAAUGCCGCCACCGAACCUUACAUGGAGUAGACGCGUGCGCCAAGAAGCUUUAUGUUGGACGGAAAACUACACGGAACGGAUAGCAUGGUAUGAUAUGCUAAUGAAGCCUAACAUUGACCCUACAUUGCUUGUUAUUGAUUGAUUUGUAAUUUUAAACAAUAACUUAUUUGUAAUGUAUUCCAUUUGUUUAUUGCCAAAUCAAUGCAUUAUAUUGA